AUGUGUGCAGGGCAGAGGGAGAUGGACAGCUAUCGGACUUUAAUUCUUCUGAUGUCCACAGUCACACUCACUACUGCGGGAGUGAGGCUGGUCGAUGGUCCUCGCUGCUCUGGGAGGGUAGAGGUGCUUCAUGGGAAGACCUGGACCACAGUGUGUGAUGCUGACUUUGACCAGCAGGAUGCAGAGGUUGUGUGUAGAGACCUGGGCUGUGGGCCUCCUGAGGAGGUGCUGGGAGCAGCUGCUUUUGGCAGAGGGGAGGGCCAGGUGUGGACAGAAGAGCUUCAGUGCAGAGGCAAUGAAUCUGAUAUUUACUCUUGUCCGACAUCUUCAUACAAACACAGUUGCUCUCAUGACAACGAUGUGGGUCUGUUGUGUGCUGGUAAGAAAGACAAUGUGAGACUGGUGGAUGGUAGUAGUCACUGUUCUGGGAGAGUAGAGGUUCUUCAUAGAGGACAGUGGGGAACAGUGUGCGAUGAUGACUGGGAUAUGAGAGAUGCUGCAGUGGUGUGUAGAGAGCUGGGUUGUGGGGAGGCUGUAGAUGUACUGGGUAAUUCUCACUUUGGACCAGGAUCAGGACCAAUCUGGAUGGAUGAUAUAGACUGUAGUGGAUCAGAGUCUACACUGAAGAACUGUAGAUCCGCAGGUUGGGGUAAACAUAACUGUAAUCAAACUAAAAAUGCUGGCGUUAUCUGCUCAGGUAAACUACAAUACAUCUUGAGGCUGGUUGGUGCUCCUCGCUGCACUGGGAGAGUGGAGGUGCUUCAUAGGAAGACCUGGGCCACUGUGUGUCAUUCUGACUUUGACCAGAAGGAUGCAGAGGUUGUGUGUAGAGAGCUGGGCUGUGGGCCUCCUAUGGAGGUGCUGGGAACAGCUUCUUUUGGCAGAGGGGAGGGCCAGGUGUGGUCAGAGGAGCUUCAGUGUACAGGCAACGAAUCUCAGUUUCACCUCUGUCCUUCAUCAUCUACACUUAAACACAACAGCUUUCAUGAGCAUGGCGUGGCACUAGUACAGUGUAAGGCUGAUGGACGGUGGUGGUCGCUGUUCUGGGACAGUGGAGGUUCUUCAUAG